AUGAGUUCUCAACGCAACUCACCGCACCAAGAAGCUACUCCGGCGAGCACGGGUCCUUACUGGGCGCCACACACGAACCCAAGCCCUCGAUCGUCUCUCGCCCCACAAGACUUCAUCUAUGCGGGCAACACCGCGCCGUUUGCGCCACAUACUUUGAUACAGCCUCCCUUUCCCACAUUCGGCCCUACGCCGUCCGCCUCAAGCACAGAUAUAGGUCACACUCCCGAUUCGGCCCCUCUAGAAAAGGUCGCGAUCCCCCGGAUAGCUGGCAUCACUAACGCGCAGGCGCGACGACGAUCCGCGCGUGCAUGCGAAUCCUGUCGACAACGGAAAACAAAAUGCGAUGGUAAACGCCCCGCUUGUGGUCAGUGUAUAUACCACAACAAUCGCUGUGUCUACGAAGAGGUGAAACGAAUACGCGACGAGAAUAAAAUUAAGUUCCUCACGAAUCGCGUGGAAAAAUACGAAAAGACCCUUCGCAAUGUGGAGAGUGAAGUCGAUGGCCCGACGGCACGAAAAAUCCGAAAAGCACUGAAGUCCAAAGAUGGGCCAUCCACUCAAUAUGACGAUGAGGAUGAUUCGGAUAGCUCAUCGUCAGUGGGGUCUCUAGAAGCUGUCGACAUUGUCGGCGAAGAUCUGAACCGCAACGAGCAUACGCGCGCUGCCGGCUUCUUCGGCAAGAGCUCCGAGGUGUCCUGGAUGCAGAAACUGGAGGAUAGUGUAGGGAGAAGUACCAGCGGGGAAAUGUCUGACUCUCCCCAUCAGGAACAUUCAGAGGGACCUGCGGGGGAAUCCGCGCCGAUAGAUGACAAAAUAGCAAGAGAAAUCCCUAUUGCUAUGAUGAACUAUCAUUUGGAUGAACUGGAUAUCCCGGAUGUGGAUCCCCAAUCAGACCCGUUUGGGAUGCCGCCGAGAGAUCAGGCUGAUCAGUAUUUCAAUGCUUAUAUGACAUUCGUCAAUCCUUUCUUCAGUGCUAUUCGCCAAUCGACCUUCACGCAACAAUAUCUGCAGUACUUCAACCGAUUAUAUGAUCCAAUUCGCCGGAUUGAUCCGCCGCGCAAAUGGCUGGCGGUACUAAAUAUGAUUUUUGCCAUUGGUUGUCGACAUUGUGGACUGAUGGAUCACGCUAACAGCGGCUCUUAUAAGGACCAUGUUGUGUUUUUGAUGCGAGCGAGACAACUGAGUCUGCAGGAUAAUAUUCUUUUUGAACCGACUGGACUCCAGCAGAUUCAGUUAGAGUUCUUGGUUGCUGUCUACCUGCUUUGCACUGGACGAGUGAAUAGGGCAUCUAAAUUCGCCAACAUGGCCCUCCAUUCGGCUAUCUCGCUGGGGAUCAAUUUACGUCUCAUGGAUGAGCGAACAGAUCGCGCAUCAAAAGAAGCACGUUGCCGCCUGUGGUGGUCUAUAUACUCAUUAGAACAUCUUCUCACCUCAAUGCACGGCCGUGUCUCCCGGGUCGGUGAGAGCCUUUGCUCUGUUCAACUCCCAACCCCAGUGGAGGAAGAGCGAUUCGACGAACCAGAAGUUCAACGCCUGUUCCUAGAUCACACAUCUAGGAUCGAAGUAUCCGCUACACUAUUCGAGAAGAUCAACCAGCCCCAUCCAGUCCCAUCCUGGACCUUCAGCGUCCCACCCAGCUCAUCCCUCUUCUUCCAUUACCUAGUAGACCUCUUCCUCAUCUCCCAAUCCGUCCUCAACAAAGUGUACAGCAUCGAAGGAGUCCGAGAAGGGACGAGUCAAGCAGAAUACCGUCUUCAGAAAUACGCUCUACGCAUGGAUCGAUGGCUCUCCAAAUUACCUCCAAGCUACCAGUUCACCCAACCAGACGGCGGUCCAUGGAGUCUAAACCACGCACAACUAGACGACGAAUCUCUCCCUCAUACCCGUGAACGAGUCUGUCUGGCGAUGAACUACUAUUCCGCCAGGAUAACCCUCUGCAGGCCCUGUCUAAGCAUCAAUCACCGUAAUAUCGCACAAGAAAAGUCCUCCCGUGCAAGACUGCGUGCCGAAAUGGCAACCCAUUGUCUCCAGGCGUCUUGUUCGCUUAUCUCAACCUUCCCGGAAAAGGUCGAUCUCGCCUGGCUUGCGCGAGUGACGCCUUGGUGGAGUGUUCUUCAUUUCCUGAUGCAAUCGACGACAGCACUACUCCUAGGCUUGUUAUAUUGCUCUUUUGCACCACCGGACCCGGACGGACGAAAACCAUCUGAACACCCGGCGAGUCUAUCCGGUGCUCCGUACCCGUCUUUAUUGGAAUCGGAUUUGAAAACCGCGCUGAGAAUGACUAAGAAGGCUCUUUUGUGGAUUCAUACCAUGGCUUCUGUGGAUGCAGGGGCCCACCGGGCGUUCAAAUUGUGUGACAAUAUUAUUAGGAGGAUCGCUCCUAUGCUCAAGGUCGAUUUGGAGGAUUGGCCCAGUGCGUCGACGUUGGGCGAGGAGGCGAUUCACGAGGGGGAUCGGGAGGACGUUGAUUCUAGAAUGGAAGGAUUGGAAGAUUUGGUUGAUUUUGAAGCAGAUGGGGCAUGA